GCAGCAAGUACAGGAGAAAAAAUGCACCAGAUGUCUAUUGAGCCAAGGUGGAUUUGUUGAGGUAGCAAAGCCAGCUGGUGUAUUAGGUGAUUGACAAGUUCACCGUAAGUGACCACUGACUGCCAUAUGUCACCCACAUGCAUGGUGGGUAGGUUGGGUAUGACUCAUACUUUUUACUCUUGUGAAAGCAUGAAGUCUCAGGUAAUGUGUAAAACAUGCGCUAACCUGACUUUUGCCACGGAUUUCUUGUAUGCAGGUAUAUCAACAAAAAAAUGAACAUAAAAAAACAGCCAGGUCCCUCACUUUGGUCUGACAGAAGUCCAAUGUAGAGAUAUCCCACUGAACUCAAUAUUUAUGACAAAAAGCAAAAGAUUUUUCUCAUCUUUCACUCCUGCAGCUUAAAUUUAUAGGACCAAAAUGGCAGCUCAUAAGUCCAGAGACUGCACAUUUCUGUGGUAGAAUUCUAGUUUAAGAGUUGUGUGACAGCUGUACCUGUUAAAUGCAAAGGAAUUGCACAACCCUGAUUCAAUCACACACAGUCCUCCUACAGUGAUAAUGAAUAACACUGGUGCAGUUAAGUAGUUUUCAGCCAAGCAGACAUAGAAUAACAGAGUUUAAAGUCCAGGGAAUGCAGUGGUGUAGCUGGCCAUUGCUGUAUAAAAGACAAUAUUAUUUGUGUACAGGCCACAUAAAGACAACGGCCAAUCAGUCACAAAAUCAUAAGGUUGACUUACUGUUCUUGCAGCAUGACAUUAGACCUUCAUGCAAGAACUGUACUCCAAAGUAUAAGACAUACAGCAGAAAAUACCGUUCUGCUUUGCAACAAGACUUGGACAAAUUUCAGUCAUAAUUAUGCCUGAAAAGGAAGUGAAAUUUGACUUGAAACACGGAUGUAAAUCCCCUUUGUUUUAUAUGACAGAAAUAGACUGAAGUUGUUAGUAAGCAGGAACAUACAAUACAUUCUGAUGAGAAAAAUAUUUCACCCACAAUAAAUUUUUUCUAUAACUUAAAACGUCCAGUUAUUUUCUCAAGCCAAGUUUUCCUUUUAUUUAGACGGGGCUUCAGCGGUUUAAACGGUUUGCUCUCCUAUAAACAUGCAGUAACUGCGGUUCGGUCAGUGAUGGCCGUAGUGGAAUUAAGACUGAUGCUGUCCUUCGCCGGUUGUGUCUCACGUUGUUGCACUUGAGGGAAAAAAUAGUCAUACUGUUUAAGUUUCGCUUUGUCUUUUAGGCUUCAGUAAACUUGCUUCAACUUUUCAGCUCCCCAACUGUGAUACAGCUUGAGCGUUUCCGCGUAAACUGCUCGCAUAUUCCGUGCAAAUUUGUAUGUUUUUAUAAGCUCAGAAACUAGAGGAAAAUUUGGGUUCUACACGGCUAGAUGUGGGCAGCGACUGUAAAAAAUCCAGAAUUAAUAAAUAAAACACAGUUUUAGUUUAUUAUUAUUCAGAAAGGUAUGCACGAUAUACUAAAAACUACUCUAUAACUUGGAAGCAAAAACACUGUCUGAAAAGAGCGCCAGUUUAGCGUGCAACUAAAUAAAAAAAAACAAGAUAAGCUUAAGAUACGCAAAGUAAAAUUUUAACCAAUUAUAAUUAUACCGGGUAGCAUUAACCUGAAAGCAUGGUGUAGUAUACAAAACCGAAAGGCAAACGUUGAGAAGUGUGUGUGUGUGUGUGUGUGUCUGUGUGUGGGGGGGGUUGCUUUAUUUCUUGUGUCUCACUUCCUUAUACACAAGAGCACAAGGUGAUCUGAGGUGGGAGUCCUGCUCGUCCUCUUACAUACGCAGCCUGCGGCCAUAUAAGUGAAGGGAUGUUCUGUGAGAGCAUACUAUGGAGAAUGACUUACUCGCAAGACUGGGAGUGCGGAGACGCACCGUCCGUCCUCCCUGACCACUGGCAGCAUAGGAGGAUGCCUGCGGAGAUGCUGGCUCCCUCUAGCUUUCCAUCACAGCCUUCCAGUACCCAUAUGCAAGCGGAGUCGUCCCCAGAACUGAGGAGGCGUGGUCCCGGAGGCUGUAACGGACAGUGGCCCUCAAGGAAGGAUUGGCACUGGACCCCAGUCCAGGCAGAUACUGCUCCACCCUGGAGAAACUUCUCCUCCGGCGUAGACAUCCCUAGUCCAGCCAAAUCUGCUGGAGAGGCGUUCCUGGUGCCCUCGUCAUGUCAGAGCAUCUGCGAGAACUACAGUGAUCUGCACAUUGGUGGUGAUCAGGUACUUCCUCUCAGUGCCAGCACAGGUGACCUGGCAGCGGGAGGUAGUGUUGAUCUGGCUGACGGUCCCUUCCUUCAGUCAUGCGAGAUCCCCCCGGCGCUGGAAUCCUCACCGCAGCCCUCGCUGGAGUACCCCCCGCGACCCCUACAGCGCUCCUCCGCCUUAAGGAAGAGCAGCACCAAGGAACGCAGCCUUCUCCUGCAGGGCAGCCAGCCCCUCUCCAACUCACAGCUGAACCGUUACCUGGAGCAGAAACUGCUGGACUUGUACCAGCAGCACAUGGUAGAGAGCAUGGUGCGGGGGGGCUCGCCCACCACAAUCCUGGCCUCUCAACAUGUCCUCACCAGCGUGGACCAGAUCACCCAACAGCUGUCUCGCGAACAGAACCUGGAGACCGCCAAGGCCAAGGACAUGGUUCUCAGCUGUCUGUUGAGGGUGGCCAGUGGUCUAGUGUCCAGUGAGAUCAGUACACCACAGCUGCAGAUCUCUGCAGAUGCUGCAGUAAUGUAAUGGGCAGCACAACUCUGGUGACCCUGGGUCAAGGGGCAAUCCUGCUUUCCUCUCAGAUAGAUUCACCUUGGUUUUUAGCAUGAUUUUUUUGCAGGGUGAAUCACCUGACUCUGGAAGAAGCUCACUGCCAAUUAAAAUGUAUUUUGACAUUAGUGGGUGAUCUGCCCUCUGUGACUGCAGUGUCCUGAGAAUGAACAGGGGAACAGCUCUGAUUUAAGGGAAAAUGUAAACAGAUAUGGCAGAAGACUAUAAAUGUGGUUUAAAUGUGAUGUUAUGGAGAGCAAUGAACGCCUGGAAAAAAGGUAGUCCUGUAGCAGUGGACCACAUGGCUAGAUUGUAAAAACAACGUACUUUCCAUUUAAAACCAAACUAAGCCUGCUCAAGUUUUGGUUCUCCUUUUGCUUGGCUGUUUCAUUUCUGUGGUAACCGCCGCUGCGUGUGUUACGUUAUUUUCUCAGUUCUUUUUUAAGGGGUUAUUGGAAGGUUUAAUGAAAAUUAAUGAACUUUUCAUUUACCAUGGUUUCCCUUAAUUGCUACUUUCCUAGUUCUAUAACAGUAAAUCAACGUAAAAUGCUCAUGACAAAUAAAAUUAAGCAAUGAAUCAGUACAAUCACCCUCAGCAGUCCUCCCCUCCUUAGGUGCAAAAAAUAAAUCUUUCAGUUCUUUCAUCUUUCACUUCCUUAUUGUAAAAAUAAAUUCUAUAAACGCACUUUAAUGACCGAAUCUGUUAGGCCACAUAACAUCUGUCACCUAACUCAUUCUCUAUAUGGGCACCCAUAUCACCACACUGUCUAAUGCUUAUUAUUAAUCAUCAUUUUUAAUUAUUUUGUAUUUUCAAAUCAAUUAUACUUUUUGAUAAAUAUAAAUGACACUCUUUUACAAAUAUUAUGUUUUAUUUUUUUUUCUCAGUGAGGAGAAAUUAUACUUUUGAACAAACAGUAGUUUCAUUAGUUCCAGUUUUGCAAAUGCGGAAGUGUAAAUUGCACUGUCACUUCGAAUAGGAUAUAGAUACAGAAAGAGCGGCAAGUUUAGAGCCUACUCAUUUUAUUUUGCUCUUUACCAUAAUAAUUAUUUUCACUUUUUAUUCUAACCAAGCCAGUAUUUGCAGGUAUAAAAUAUGUGUGAAAUUAUAUGUGAAAUUAUUGUAUGUGUAUGUACAUUGUAUUGUAUGUGUGUGUGUGUGUGGGUAUAUAUAUAAACAUUUGAGAGUCUCAGUAUAA